AUGGCGUGGUAUUGCUCCGGGUCCACCAACACCGAGCUUGUGGAGAACCUGUUCAAGGGCGGCCUGAUCAAAGAUGUGCGAGUGAAGGAUGCCAUGCUAGGUGUUGAUCGAGCUCACUAUUCUCCGUCGCGGCCAUACUCGGACUCACCGCAGCCCAUCGGGCACGGGGCCACCAUCUCUGCGCCGCACAUGCACGGUCAUGCGUGUGAGUACCUCAUUGAUUAUCUCGGAGCUGGAUCUAGGGUCCUGGACAUCGGAUCUGGAUCCGGCUAUCUCACCCAUGUUCUGGCCAACCUCGUGACAGGGCCGGGGACACCGGACCAGGGCCAAGUCAUUGGUAUUGACCACAUCACCGAACUGGUAGACCUGGCGAAGACAAACAUGGAAAAAUCACAGGAUGGCCGCCAGCUACUGGAGUCCGGAAAGGUGAAGUUUAUCAAGGCAGACGGUCGCUUAGGAUGGAAAGAGGGGGCACCAUAUGAUGCCAUUCAUGUUGGCGCCGCUGCUGAGACGCUCCACCCAGUCCUAAUUGAACAACUUCGAGCCCCGGGCAGACUGUUCAUCCCAGUCGAAUCAGAAAGCGAUGGAAGUAUGCUAGGGAGAAUGGGUGGCCAGUAUAUCUGGGUCGUGGACAAGAGGGAGGAUGGCUCGGUUCAUAAGGAGAAGGUCUUCCAAGUCAGCUACGUGCCCCUGACAGACGCCCCACGAUAA